CUGGCUGUCAAUGGCCGUGGCAGUAUAUUAAUGUACCCAAUCCAUGUGAUACUUCAUAGGACUCUGCAUUGAAGUGAGAGACAGAGAGAGCUCAAAUGGCUCAUGUCAGUGUCUUGUCGAUCCUGCUCAUGGUUGCCUGCGUAUCCGCGUCGGCCGGAGCCACCUCCGUCGACGUCUCUCCCACCGACUUCGUUCGCUCCUCCUGCGGUGCGACGCGGUACCGCGACCUCUGCUUCCGGUGCCUUGCACCCUACGCGGCGGCGGUCCGGCGCGACCCACGCCGGCUGGCCCGCGCCGCGAUGUCCGUCAGCGCCGACCGGGCACGAUCGGCCUCCGCCUUCGUCUCCCAGGCGGUGGCGCGGGCCAAGUGGAACGGCCCCAGGGACGCCGGCGCUGUCCGCGACUGCCUCGAGAACAUGGCCGACAGCGUCGACCGGCUCCGGCAGUCGGCGAAGGAGCUCGACCGGGCGGGCCGGAGUGGGGACCGGGCGGCGUCGGACUUCGCCAUGCACAUGGGCAACGUUCGUGCCUGGUGCAGCGCCGCCCUGACUGACGAGAACACGUGCCUGGACAGCCUGUCGGAUCGCUGCUCCAGCUCCGUCCGGGCCGCUGUGCGGCCCAAGGUGGUGGAGGUCGCGCAGGUCACCAGCAACGCGCUGGCGCUCGUCAACCGCCUCUGGCCCAACUAAAAAGCGACCAACUGGAUCAGUUCGGCUGCUGCUGUCCCAACUACGCUGUACGGCACCGCCGGACCUACAGACGCCGGCGACUGCUAAUUUGCCUUAAACUAGAUAAUUAAUUAAGCUCAACUAUGUGAUCUCUACGGUUGUAAUGAAUCGUCAGGAGAGUUCUUGAA